AUGGGUGAUUUUGAUCAUCUUUAUCAGCAAGGGGGUCUUUACCUCUCCCCCGGCCAACAUGACUUGCUCCUCGCCGCCCUUUCAUCGAAUACCCCGGCUCAGAAGCAGCUCAACCGCACCCCACAACUUAAGCCUGACCACAGCCCCGACGGCACCUCCUCAAAUGACAUCAGUGCUCCUCCCUCAGGAAGCUUCGAUGACUCCAUUAAUGCAUUUGGUUUCGGUGAGGACGAGAGUCCCUUCCUUGACUUCAAUCCUGAGGUAGACUUUGAUUUCCCCGGCUCGGAAAGCUUGAUCGGGGAUCUUCCAAGCAGCACGUCGGGCCAGGACUAUGAACUGGGAGAGAAGCGCAAAUCUAUCGAUGGCCUAGCCGAUGAAGAGAACGAGGAUACGGGAAAGAAGCGCCGUGAGAGUGAGGCUAAAAAGCCAGGUCGCAAGCCACUGACUUCAGAACCCACCACAAAGCGUAAAGCCCAAAACCGUGCUGCGCAGCGGGCUUUCCGUGAGCGAAAAGAGAAACACUUGAAGGACUUGGAGACCAAGGUGGAGGAACUGCAAAGCGCCUCUGAUUCAGCUUCCCAAGAAAAUGGAAUGUUACGUGCUCAAGUGGAGCGCUUGCAAGUAGAACUACGUGAGUACCGCAAGCGACUCUCGUGGAUGAGUAACGGCAAUGGCCUUUCUGCAGUGAGUGCCAUUCCGGCCAGUCAGUCACGAGGAUCGUAUGGCCUGCAAAACAACGAGUUCAUGUUUGAUUUCCCCAAAUUUGGUGACCUUCCUGGCUCCAUCCUAUUCCCCAGUCAGACGGGUAAAAAUGAUCAGUUCAAGCUCAAUGGCGACACGCAUCGGGCUCCAGGGGUUUUGGCUCGUGUCGGGUCUCAAGCUGGGUCGAUCAAAUCUAACGCCAGCACUCCAACUGGCAUUGAAACCACCAGAUCGGCCAACACGUUGAAUGGCACUCCCAGCGGCAACUCUGGUUCUGUCAAGACCCCCAAUAACCACAAGCAAUCAGAGUCGAGCCAUGAAACUUCUACUUCGGAAUCACCAUCUUCGUCAUCCGACUCACACCAGAGCCAAAUGCUUUCAUCCAAUGGAACAUCACCGGAGCCUAGCUUGAACUCUUCCCCGAGUACAAAGCUAAAUGAGUCCGCAUGCAGUAUCCACGGCGGUACAAAUGGUGAGGAAUCCUUCUGUGCAAAACUGGGCAUGGCCUGCGGCAGCAUCAAUAACCCCAUACCAGCAGCCAAACCCGGCAGUAACUUCAAAGAUCAGUCGGGCCCCUCCGAUAAUGCCAUUGGAUUCGAUUGGCUUGCGCAGCAAAAUGGCGGUCAAUUUGACCCAGUACUCUUUGGGGAGUGGCGGGAGCCGCAGGAAGCUGUCCUCUCCCAGGACUUUGGUUCUUUCUUCAAUGAUGCUUUCCCUCUACCAGAUCUGGGUAGUCCAUCUCACAAUCUAUCCGAGGCAACUCAGCAGCCGAAGAAGGAUUUGAUAAGCCUGAUCGACAGUAAAUUGGAGGAGGAAGUUGUACCGGGCGAGGACCAAAGCCAGAUGCUGUCUUGCACUAAGAUAUGGGACCGUCUUCAAUCUAUGGAGAAAUUCCGCAAUGGUGAGAUCGACGUCGACUCCCUCUGUUCCGAACUUCGCACCAAGGCUCGUUGUUCCGAGGGUGGUGUGGUUGUCAACCAGCAAGAUGUCGAAGAAAUCGUGGGCCGCGCAAAAUAG